AUGUCUGAGGCUCCCGAAGCUGUUCCCCAGGCUGAAGGCUCUCUUGCAGACCGCAUCACUCAGCCUGAUGCUCCUACCGAAGCCCCAGAGAUUAUCCAGGAUGGUGCAGGUGGAAGUGGUUCCGGUUCUGUGCUCCAGGAACCGGACUACUCUGUCGAGGUCAAGCUGAGCGACCUGCAGGCGGAUCCCAACAACCCUCUGUACUCUGUUAAGACUUUCAAUGAUCUUAAGCUGGAUGAGCGUAUCCUCAAGGGCCUUUCCUCCAUGAACUUCCGCCAGCCUUCCAAGGUUCAGGAGCGCGCUCUUCCUCUCCUCAUGGACAAUCCGCCGAAGAACCUCGUCGGUCAAUCCCAGUCUGGUACUGGCAAGACUGCUGCCUUCGUUCUGAACAUCCUCAGCCGCCUGGACCUUUCCAACGAAAAGGCCAUGACUACCCCCCAGGCUCUCAUUCUCGCCCCGACCCGUGAGUUGGCCCGUCAGAUUGUUGGUGUCAUUCAGACCAUGGGCCAGUUCCUUGACGGGUUGAUCAUCGGUACUGCUGUUCCUGCCGACGCCGCCUCACGUCCCAGCCAAAUGGAUUGCUCUGUCGUGGUCGGUACCCCGGGUACCGUGCAGGACAUGAUCAAAAAGCGCCGAUUGAAUCCCACUCAGCUGCGGGUCUUGGUGCUGGAUGAGGCCGAUAACAUGCUGGACCAGCAGGGUAUGGGUGAUCAGUGCAUUCGUGUCAAGGCCAUGCUCCCCAAGACGAUCCAAGUUGUCCUCUUCUCCGCUACAUUCCCCGCUCACGUCUACCGUUAUGCCCAGAAGUUUGCCCCGGCGGCCAAUGAGAUCACCCUUAAGCACGAGGAGUUGACUGUGGACGGGAUCAAGCAACUUUACAUGGACUGCAACAAUGAUGAGGAGAAAUACUCCAACCUUGUGCAGCUCUAUGGCUUGCUGACCGUUGGUUCAUCCAUCAUUUUCGUUCGCACUCGCCGAUCUGCCGACGAGAUUGAGAAGCGCAUGGUCGCCGAGGGACACACUGUGGCAUCCUUGACCGGAGGAAUCGAGGGAUCUCAACGCGACGCUGUUAUUGACUCCUUCCGCAGUGGAGAAGCCAAGGUGCUCAUUACCACCAACGUGCUUGCUCGUGGAAUCGACGUUUCCACUGUUUCCCUGGUUGUCAACUACGACAUUCCCGAGGCCUACGAUGGUAGCCGGCCUACCGGUCAGCCCGAAUACCAAACUUAUCUGCACCGCAUCGGUCGGACCGGUCGUUUCGGCCGUAUCGGUGUCGCUAUCUCGUUUGUAGCCAACCGGGGUGAAUGGGAGAUGCUCCGCAUGAUUCAAGAGCACUUCGGUUGCACCAUUGAUCGCAUCGACACCAGUGACUGGGAUGAGGUUGAAGAUAUGAUCAAGAAGACCAUCAAGAACUCGCGUGCGCAGGCCAACUUCGCCAAAUAG